GAAGUAUUAAUAAAUAAAAACAACCAGAACCAGAACAAAGCUAUAGAACAAGAAUAUAAUUCAUAACAAUAUAAAACUACAACAAAAAUAUAUUAUAGAAAAACGAUAUACCGUUAAUGUUAUGUAAACAAAAAAGAUGGUAGAAAAAUAAUAACAAAACGACAAAAUAAAAAUUUGUUUUAUUUUUGUUUUUACUUAUUUUCUGUUUUUAUUGUUUUUAACAAAGAAAUUUUGAAUAAAAAAUAUUGAAUUUUUCAAAAAAAAAAAAAAAAACAAAGAGACAAGAGACACGAUUACGUACACAUACAUGCAAAAUGCAAAAUUUCACAAAAAAGCAAACAAACAUUAAGUUUAAAAUAAAUAAAUAAGUUUAAAAAAGAAAAACAAACACACAAAUUAAAAAUAAACACAGUAAUGAAAAAUGUCAAAAUUAGCAAAAGAUGCAUUUUUAAGUCGCAACUACCAUCUAGCGGUAGAAUUAUUUGAACGUUGUAUACGUGAAAAAACACAAAAAAAUCAAUGUGUACCAUAUGAUUUAUACUUUGGUUAUGGUGAUUCACUUGCUCGAUCUGGCCAAUUACAAAAUGCUAUAGAUGUUUAUACAUAUUUAGCAUAUAAACUGGAUGGUGUUAUACCAUGGGAACGUUUAAAACAUUUAUCAUCUUGUAUUUUAAAUAAUUUUAUUGCAUUAAAUUCAAAUAAUAGCUAUUAUCAAGUUCAAAAUAAUAUUUUAAAUUCAACAACAACAACAACAACAGCAACAUUAGGAAAAAGUUCUUUAUCUGGAUUAUCAUAUGGCACAAAAAUUACAUCAUCAUCAUCACCAUCAUCAUCAUCACUGUCAUCAACAGUAUCAACAAUAAAUUAUGAUUCAUCAUCAAUAACAGCAAUAUCAAAUUUAAGAAAAUCUUCAUCUACUACUGCAACAACAACUACCACUACUACAACAACAGCAAAUGUUGCCUCGCAUAAAAAUCAAAUAUUAAAUUUAACAAUGUCAUCAUCAUUAUUAGCCAAAAAUUGUAAUAAUGAUAAUAAUUUUAAAGGUAAUAAUUUAAAACGUAAAAGAACACGUUCAACAUUACCAAUUAAAAUACAAAAAACAUCGUUAUCAUCAUCAUUAUCGUCAUCGUCCCCAAAAUUAGUACCAGCAAAAACAGCAUCAACAUCGAUGAUAUCUUCAACAGUUACAAGUAAUAUAAAUAAUUAUGAUAAUAAUUUUAAUACAAAUACAAUAAAUUUAACAAAUUCAAGAUUAUCUCAUAUUAACAACAAUAUUACAAAAAUUAAUUUACCUUUAUAUAAUAAAAAUAAAGAAAUUAUAAUAAAUAAUAAUGAUAGUGAUGCCAUUAAUGUAAAUAAUAAUAAUUAUCAACAACAAAAUGAACAAAGAACAAAUCAUCGUAGGGAUAUUAAAAUUUUAAAACAACAAUAUAAUUAUAAAAAUAAUAAUUAUAAUAUAACAACUAUUGAUCCUUUAUUAUGUGGUAUUUGUGAAGAUAUAUUAAGGUGUCCUGUAACAGCCUCAUGUGGCCAUACAUUCUGUCGCGAAUGUUGUUAUUCAAUGAAUUCAUCUAAUACUAACAAUAGUAAUAAUAAUAAUAAUAGUAGUAAUUAUAAUAGUAAUAAUAAUAAUAAUAAUAUUAAUGGUGAAUUAUAUGAGUGUCAUUUGUGUCAACAACAAAAACGUCAACAAUCUAAAGUUAUGAAUCAAUUACAAAAUUAUACAAAUUAUAAUAAUAAUGAAAACGCAAAUAAUAUUAAUAAUAAUAAUAAUAAUAGUAAUACAACAAUAUUAUCACCAAAUUUAAAACCAGAUAUAUUAGUACGUAGAUUAGUUGAUAAAUAUUGGAGUGCCGAAUUACAAGCAAGAGAAUUAAAUGAGCAAGCUAUGCAUUUUAUGGAUAUACAAUCAUUAGAUGAAGCAUUAAGAUUAUGUAAUCAAAGUUUAGAAAAAUGUCCAAAACAUGUGAAUAGCCUUUUAUUAAGAUCAGAAGUUCUAUAUAGAUUAAAUCAUUUUAAAAGCUCAUUAGCGGAUGCAGAUAGCGCUUUAAAAUGUAAUCCAACAUCAGCCAAGGCAUUUUAUAGGCGAGCACUCGCUUUAACAAAUCUUGGUAGACCAGAUGAAGCAAUAAUAGCAUAUUGUAUAACAGCAAAUUUAGAUUUGGAGUAUUUAUAUGCAUCACAGCCAACAUUUAAAACUGAUUUAGCAAAGCUUUUACAAUGUAUGAUUACCUCAGUAACUAGAACAAAUCAUAGUAUUUUAAAGAGUCGUAUAAAAGCGUCAGCACCAUAUUGUAUACAGACUGGAAAAACAGGAUUUAAUCGUCGACAUAGUAGAAGAAAAUUACGUAAAAUCGCACAAAAUAUUAAUUCUAAUGUAAUUAAUGAUGAUAUAGAACGUAAUUUUGAUAAUAUUAUCAGUGACUGUGAUGAAAAUAUUUCAAGUUGUGGUGAAGACGAUUUAAUACAUUAUAAUAAUAGAAUUUAUAAGCAAAAUUACAAUCAUACAAAUGUUGAACGUUUAUUCAACUAUAACAGUAAUAAUUAUAAUAGUAACAAUAAUAAUAAUAAUAGUAGAUGUUCAAAAAGAUAUAAAAAUAUAAAUUUAGAUGAAGAAUCUUUAAAUAGAAAUAAAAGCACAACAACACUUAGAAUUUUAUUAGAAAGAAUUCAACAAGAAGUACAAAAAGUUAAAAGAACUGAUAAUAAUUUAAAUUUAUUGACUGUAAAUCCAGCUCUAAUUGAUGUUGCUGAUUUUGAUUGUGUACUAUGUUGUCGAACACUUUGGAAACCAGUUGUAACACCAUGUGGUCAUACAUAUUGUUGGGUUUGUUUAGAUCGUUGUAUGGAUUAUUCAUCAUCAUGUCCAUUAUGUAUGUCACCAUUAAUUGAACAAUGUUAUAGUAAUUAUGAUGGUUCAAGAACACCAUUACCAUUUUCAUUAGUUGCAAAAUCUGUAACUAGAUUUUUAGAAAUUGCAAUGAAACGUUUUAUACCAGAAUGGUAUGAAAAACGUAGAAGACAAGAAUUAGAAUCUGAACCAUCUGUACCAGUAUUUAUAUGUACAACAGCAUUUCCAAAUGUGCCAUGUCCAUUAUUCGUUUAUGAGCCAAGAUAUCGUUUAAUGGUUAGACGUGCCAUAGAAUCUGGUGAAAGACAAUUUGGUAUUGUACAACCAAAUAAUGGAAAAACACGUUAUUCUGAUAUUGGUACAAUGUUAGAUAUAAAAGAUUCAGUUUUAUUAGGUGAUGGAUGCUCAAUAUUAAGUACAAUUGGUUCAAAACGUUUUAAAAUAAUAACAAGAAAUGAAAAAGAUGGUUAUGAAACAGCUAAAGUUGAAUAUAUUUAUGAUGAACCGAUAACAAAAAAUUCAUUAGAAUCAUUAACAAAUAAACAUAAUAAAGUUUAUACAAAAGCAACAAGAUGGUUUGAAAGUCUUGGUAAUACAAUUAAAGAAGAAAUUUUAAGAAGUUUCGGUACAAUGCCAAAUUUAGAAGAUAAUUGGGAAACAACAAGUGAUGGUCCAGCAUGGGCAUGGUGGAUAAUUGCAAUAUUACCGCUCAAUCAACAAUUAAAGGUUAAUAUUUUAGAGACAACAAGUUUAGAAAAACGUUUAAGAGCAAUUGAAAAAACAUUAGAUUGUAUUAUUGGUGAAGAUCGUAGAACACAACAACAAAAUUGUGUAACAGUACCACAAACACCUUGUGAUGGUUUACAAGCAUGUCAAGCUGUUGAAUGUUGUCAAAGAACAUCUGUUACAACUAAUGACAAUACAGAUAAUGUUGUUAGUAAUGAUCAUCAUCAUCACCAUCAUCAUCAUCAUCAUCACCAUUCAACUAGCUAUAUGUUGUAGCUUAUAAUUAAAAUAAAAAUAUAAUUACAUUUAUAUUAAUAUUUUUAAAAUUAUAACAACAACAAAAACAAAAAAAUUAAUAUUUUCUUCAAUUUUAUUAAAAUAUUAUAUAAUUAAAGAAAAAAAAAAAUAAUAUUAUAUAAAUCAUACAAAUAUAUUUAGAAAGAGGAAAUUAAUAAACCAAA